AUGUCCAACCACGCAAUCGUCAUCCAAUUAUCCUGGCGACACGGCUAUAUUACCGUCAAGGUUAAAGCUGUUGCUCUCAACCCUACGGACAUUCUCCACAUCGACUACUUCGCAUCGCCCGGCGCCCGCCAAGUUGGUUCUCUCGUUACCAAGAGACUCAAAAAGGGUGACCGAGUCGCUGGCUUCGCUCAUGGGUCUAACGCUUUGCAUCACGAGGAUGGCACUUUCGCUGAGUAUAUCACUGCGAAAGGUGACCUGCUGUUCCUCGUCCCCAACAAUGUCACUUUCGAGGAGGCCGUCACUCUGGGUAUCAGUAUCACUACCGUUAGACAGGCCCUGUAUCAAAGUCUCGGGCUCCCAACCCCCGCUGCACCCGCCAGAGAGAAAUUUUCCGUCUUAAUCUAUGGCGGCAGCACCGCGACUGGCGCUCUAGCCAUUCGAUUCGCCAAGCUUUCUGGUCUUGAAGUCAUCACCACUGUGUCCCCCAAACAUUUCGACUACGUCAAGGUCCUUAGUGCCGACGUCGCCUUCGAUUACAGUUCUGAGACGGUAGUACGGGAUAUCAAGUGUGCUACUGGGGGCCGGCUCAAAUACGCCUUCGACUGUAUCUCCAAGGAGCCCAGGGCGAAGAUCUCCGUCGGCGCAUUUGGUGAUGAUGGUGGCAUCUACACUACCCUUCUACCCAUCCCUGCCGAACUGGUCUCUUCUAUUAAUGACAAGGUUACACCCAAGUUCACGCUUGCUUACUCUUCGAUUGGCGAAGCUUUCGAGGUUGGUCAAUCUAUUCCUGCCAACCCUGACGACUUUACGUUUGCAAAAACCUUUUGGGUUCUUACUGAGAAGCUUCUUGGCGAGGGGAAGAUUAAAUUCAUGAACCCUGGGUUAAUAAUGGCGGCCGGGGCUUGA